AUGGUCUUCAAUAUCAAAAAGGAUAUUGGUCGAUGCGAGAGAGACGGAGGAGGUAUACUCGAAAUCAUGAUGAAGUCGGCUUUGAUAGCCGGAAUCGUGGGACUCUUCGUGUGCCGUGCCUCAACUCAGAGCUCGGCGAAUUUCAGCGCGUUCUUGCUCAUGCCCAAAACAAUCUACCAAGGAGACCGUAAUUUCUUCGUCCUCGAGCUGCAGAAUCAGAAAGUGGACGGCUCGGCGAGGAUCAGCAUCGUCGACCAGAACAACAGCACUAUUCAGUACUAUCAGAGAACAUUUUCCAUUCCGAAAAAUGAAGGACCUACCUUCAACCUCGAUAUCUCGGAUCUCGUACUCAGCGGAGUCGACCAGGGAAGCAUCUACAGCACUGUGAUCCUCGAAGGCACCUUCGGCUCUACCGUCAUCAAAGAGAACAACACCAUCAAAAUUCAGACGGAUGAUCCCCUCUUGUUAAUUCAAACGGAUAAGAAAAUCUAUAAGCCCGGCCAGAAAGUCUUCCUCCGAGUCAUGCCUCUGAGCGCAGACUUGAGGCCGAGGAACGGCGGGAUGAUCAGCGUCUCGGUGAACGAUCCGCUAAAUAACGUCGUCGCAAACUGGGCCGAUGUCAAUUUUACCGAUAUGGUGAUGCAGUUCGACUUCCAACUAAUUUCCGAGCCAGCUCUCGGCGCCUGGUUCAUCAAUGUCCGUUACGAGGAAACCAGAACUCGGGAUUUCGAGAACUCAAUUCUAAAUUCUCCCCUCGGUAAACAGAGCUUGAAUAAAACCAGCCCGGUCCUUCAAACCGCCACCUUCUCGGUGUCCGAGUACACUUUGCCGAAGUUCGAGGUCACAAUCACUCCACCCCACCUUCUCAUGGAUGCAGAGACGGCAACGUGGAAAGUUUGUGCCAAGUACACCUUCGGCAAACCAGUCAACGGGGACGUGAAGAUAAACACUACUCUGAUUCGUUAUCCCUGGGAGCAGCUGCGAGGAAUUCCCGAGAACUACGUCGAGGGUAGACUGACCGAUGGCUGCUACAACUUGACCUUGGAGACCUCGGCUCUCAACCUGACGAACCCUUCCUUCGAGUACCGACAAGUACGAGUCAUCGCCAAUGUUUUCGAGGAUGGAACGAAGUUGCAGAUGAACGCCACGAACCAAUUGUCGAGGACGUCGAUGCCCUUGCGACUUGCUUUCCAGCCUGACUCAUCCGAUAAAUAUUUCCGGCCCUACAUGAACACCUAUGGAACUCUGAGAGUCUCGAGACCUGAUGAUACGCCCGCCGUCGGGGAGCAGAUCGAAUUGUGUCUCAACGCAAAAUCAGAGCUUUAUCAGUACCACUACCAACGUACAGAUGUACGACUCAUGUGCAAGAACUACACGAGCGAUUCCCAAGGAAUCGUCAGGUAUACGCUGCCCCCACACAAGCCGUCCGUUGUAUCUUUCAGCGUCGAGGCUUCGUCCACCCGUUACCCUACGAAAUACUACCCGGAGAGUCAGCACAGUGUCAUGAUCCGACAACCGAGGAGCUCGACGUUCUACAGAUCGUUUUUCUCCCCUUCACAACAAUAUGUGCAAUUCGAACCCUUAUCCAACGAGAAAUUGCCUUGCGAUAAACCUGUUCAGUUGACUGCCUAUUACACCUUCCGGGAACAAGACAAGAACCUUCUGUUCCGAUACGUUGUCAUGGGCCGAUCGAGGAAUCUCCUGACUAAAGAAGUGAAGGUCACCGCGCCUCAGGAAGUGGCCGCCCAAUCCGAUCAAUCAGAGAUGCUGAUUGAGUCACUCCCAAAUACGUUCAGCGAUAUGGCUGCUUCGAGCGACAAGAAAAUUGGUCGUCUCCACAUCGAGAUCGAUCCAGUCUCUACGCAGUUGCCUCACUUGACUGUGGCUCUCUUCUACAUCAAUGGAACCGAAGUCGUGGCUGAUAGUAUUCGUGUUCCAAGGAAGGUGUGCUCUCCCAACAAGGUGGAUCUCGAGUUCUCUGAGAACGUCAUCCAACCGGGAGCUAAUGUCACGAUGAAUCUGGAAGCCUCGCCGAACUCACAAUGUGGUAUCCAGAUCGUAGAUCGCAGCGUACGACUUCUGAGCGGCUCCGACAACAAUCCGUUCUUGAGGUAUCGAGACGACCUACCCAAUCGCGAAAUUGGCCAAUGGGAGCAUCCGCAACCAGACACUUACGGCUAUUGUCAGAGCAGUGGAGGGCAAAGUGACUUCGUUGAUAGCGAGAGCAUCUUCUUGCCUGCUGGAUGGACGGCGAUCUUGUACAAUAUCAACUUGAAGACUCGACCGUGCCGCUCGACCCGCGACGGAGGACCGGACGUCGCGCCAGAACUGGCUCCGAGUGCGUCACGUAUCGGCAACGAUUUCGGCGGAGUGACGGCCACCGCGACGCAGAGCGUGGUUGACGUUCGCGACUACUUCCCUGAACUUUGGCUCUUCGAUAUCUCCGCGACCGAUGGAACCGGAAAGCUCUCCCGUGCGCUCACCGCUCCGCACCAGGUCACGACCUGGAACGCGGACGCCGCUUGUAUUCACAAAACCGAUGGUCUCGGGGUAUCCCAGAGCAAGGAAAUCAAGACGUUCCAGGCAUUCUUCGCCGACGUAACGCUCCCGUACUCCGUGAAGCGAUUGGAAGUUCUGCCAAUCAUAGUCAGCGCCUAUAAUUACCUGCCUCAGUGCAUGCCGGUUUCGAUCACGAUAGACCCGAUCCCCGGCUUGGAGCCCAGGACUCCUCUGAAAACCGAGGCUUGCGUUUGUUCUGAUUCAUCGCCGUUCCAAUACGAGCUUCGAGUUGCUGUCACAAACGAAACGACCAUCGGGGACAUCGACGUUACCGUUACAGUCAUGAACUCGGAUAACAUGGCCAUCUGCAAAGACAAACCGGAUGCUAAAUCCGUUCCAUCGAGAGACAAACUCACGAAACCCUUGAAAGUUGUACCUGAAGGUUUCAUGGUCGAGAAGAUUGACAGUUUCCUGCUGUGCCCGCAGACGGGAAUCGGCAAAGCCAAUUUCGAUCUCGUCGCUCCCGAAAACGUUGUUCGAGGCUCGGCGAGGGCUCUGUUCUCAGUCAGUGGGGACAUCAUGGGACAAUCCACAUCGAAUUUGGACGACCUGAUCGUGUUACCGACGGGCUGCGGUGAACAGACCAUGGCGAAGUUUUCAUCGAACCUAGCUAUUCUGAACUACUUGAAUGCGACCGGUAAACUCGACUCGAGCACCGAGAAACGCUUCCGUACCAAUCUCAAUCGAGGGUAUCAGAGCGAAUUGACUUUCCGUGCACAAGACGGAUCUUACUCUGUUUGGGGAGGAUCGUGGGGUCAGCCAUCCUCCUUCCUCACGGCGAUGGUGUACCAGGGCUUCAAACGUGCCCACAACUUCAUUUUCAUCGACGACGAUGGCUUAUCGACCACGUAUAAUUAUCUCCUGGGCACCCAAGAUCGGGUCAGCGGCUGUUUCAACAAGAUCGGGAGUAUCUACAGCUGGGCACUACGAUCUUCUGAAAGUGCAUCUGACACUCGCGGCUCGUACACAGCUUACGUUCUCGCGGCGCUCCACGGUUCUCUUACGAACAAGACUCGAAUCGAGAAAGCUCUUCUCUGCGUCAAGGCGCAGAAGAAUCUGAACCAACACGCUCUCGCCCUGAGCGCCUACACGGCGGCGCUAUACAAGGAUAACGACCUGGCGAACAAGUAUCUAAGCGAUCUGAAAACUUUCGAGAACAACAAAUUGCCGAACCAGAGGUUCUACCACCCGAGCGAUAGCUAUGCGCCGCAAUCGAUAGAAACGAGCGCGUACGCCAUUCUGGCUCAGCUAACUCUUAGCGGAGCCGAUGCUAUUCAAGAAGUUCAACCGAUCGUGAGAUGGUUGGUGAAGAAACAGAACAGAAAUGGAGGCUUCUCUUCGUCGCAAGAUACUGCCAUCGGUCUGCAAGCGUUGUCCAAGUUCGCCGAGCUUACUUCCAAGGAUCAAAAAAGCAUGGACAACAAGAUUCACGCGAAGGGUCAGAACUUUGAACAGAAUUACGCCAUCAACGACAAGAACGCCAUAUUCUGGGAUACUCGAAUCCUGAAUACUAUCCCGAACAAUUUGAUUGUGACAAGCGAAGGGAGCGGAUGCGUGGUAGCCACGUCUCAACUCCGUUACAACGUUCCGUCGGUUCCGGGAGAGACCGGCUUCCUCUUCAAUGUCACUGUUACCAAGGCUUCAACCAAGAGGAAUGUAGUUCUGGAGCUUUGUGCCUCGUACGAUAAAACCGGUGGACAACCGUCGAGCAUGGCAAUCAUCGAAUUGACUCCAUUCAGUGGUUACGAUGUCGUGAAGCCCUCUCUUGAAGCGAUCUUGUUCCGGAACGAGAUCAAGAGAUACGACGCUGACGGUCAUCCCAUAAUCUUGUACUUCGAUGAGUUCACGGCGAGCCCGAGAUGCGUGACGCUGGAGCUUGAACAAGCUUUCGCAGUAGAGAACCUGCAGCCCGCGAUCGCUACUGUCUAUGAUUACUACGACAAGAGCAAUAAGAAAUCGGUGGAGUACAAGAGAGGAGACCUACCGACCGAGAAAGACAACGAAUAGUUCCGCCAACAACGGAAGCAGCAGAACGAGUGCUCCACCUGCCACGAUCGCGGCCUUUUACGCCAAGAACAAACACACCGGUUGAUUGCAUAAAACAGGAUAAUUUCGUUUCGAGGA